AGUAAUGUGCACAUCGAAUAUGCCUUCAACUACACUGCGAGAUCGGAUCUAGGAGGCAAUAACAGGCCGGUUGUUUACAGUGUGAACGAGAACACAUGGCCAGAGGACGAAGAUCUGGGUCACUAGGCGAUAGUUCCGCAGAUCGCUUCCCCGAUCGUAUCUAGACUCACUAGUUACGGGUCCCAGCACCAUCGCAGGUGGGAUGGACAAAAUAAGUCAUCAAAGAGGUGAAAGGGGAAUCUCGCCUUGGGCACAAAUUUGGGACUGGCCCGAAUCAGUUGUUAUUGACCAGAAUAGGGAGCCAUGGAGAAGGGUUGGGAAGGGGGUGAGCAAGGAAGGGCGGCAAGAAAGGGACAAGCAAGGCGAGCAACGAUGGACAAAGAAGGGAGAAAUCUCGGUGAUGUCAUGGAGUUAUUACUGGGGACGGGGGGAUGGUCGCAUCGGGAACAAGUCACGGGACCACGCUCUGCCGGUCGCGUCGUCGGGGGAGGGGAGACUCCGGGGUUCCACGGUUCACCACCAUUGUUAUUGUUUACAGCAGAAGCCAGAACGGAAAGUGAUAAACAAUGCCAGCCGGGUCAUCUGCAGGACUCAUCACGAACCAGGAUUAUUUCCCCUCCGACCGUGUGGGUGUGGGUGUGGGUGGUGUGCCAGCGCAUACAUACGCACAUACAGUUACAGUGGUGACAUGCAGAUACCGGAGGGUGCGGGAAGGGAAGGAUGAGAGAAGGUUUCCUGCAAGACUUUCCCACUCCAUGUGACAUCACGACUGGUUCCCUCCAAUCGACGCGAUUCCGGCCAGGCAGAUCUGGGAAAGCAAGUUGGGAGCACUCCAGUCCGAACGGAGGGGACAAGAGGGGAGGGGAAGGGAGAAGAUAGCAUCAUCCCCCCCAUUCACCGUAUCUAAAUAAAGUU